AGACUCUCUCGAUCCGAAUCAUAAGCUCCGAGGUCCAAUGGGUGGAUAUAUUUGAAAAGCGCCGCCCGAAUAACAGAACUCGAGCAUGUCCUUGAAGCAUGGCACCAUCAGAGCCGCACAUUGGGUCGCAGUCGAACUUGGACUCAAGACUAUGAGAUCUGCACGCAAAGAUGUAUACAUCAUCAUUCUGUCUCGUUAUCUGCGCAUGUUUGCGUACGGUGCUGUGGCUCUCAUCCUCGCAGUAUACUUCCAAGCGCUAGGCUUUUCGGACGAACAAAUCGGCUUCUUCAUGACUUUGACCCUGUUGGGCGACGUCGUCAUCAGUCUGCUCCUCACGCUCAUUGCCGACUCCCUGGGACGUAGGAAGACCCUUUUGCUAGGAGCAUUGGCCAUGGCGCUUUCUGGGACUGUGUUCGCAACAACGAGCAAUUACGGCGCGCUGCUUGUGUCUGCGAUUGUGGGCGUUAUUAGUCCGACUGGGACAGAGAUUGGGCCGUUUCGGGCGGUGGAAGAGUCGACGCUGGCGCAUCUUGUAGAUGAACAACAGCGCUCAGAUGUUUAUACGUGGUAUGUUGUUUUAGCUGUGUUAGGAACAUCGACGGGGUUGGUUGUUGGGGGUUUGGCUGUCGAUAAGAUGCAGGGACUGGAUGGCUGGACAGAGUUGGAUGCUUACCGAGCCGUGUUUUGGAUUUACACAGGAGUUGGACUUCUCAAAGCGAUUAUGGCGUUGUGCUUGAGCCAGCAAUGUGAGCAUGUGCACGAGAAGACAAGCCAAAGCGAAUCACCCGGAGAGACUGAGCCACUUCUGAGCAGCGACCCCGUCACGCAGGACACUGCUCCUUCGAAGCCGACUAAGAAUCUCUGGAACCCUAUCAACCGAAUUUCCAAACCCAGUCGCGGCAUGUUGAUCAAGUUCUGCAGCCUGUUCUUCUUCGACGCGCUCGGCAGCGGCAUGGUCCCUUUCUCCCUGAUAAACUUCUACAUGGAGCGGAAAUUCUCCCUCCCCAAAGGCAAACUCGGCGGCAUCAUGUCGGCAACAUGGGUCGUCUCUACCAUCGGCAAUGUCUUCGCCGCCUCGCUCGCCAAACGCCUCGGCCUCAUCCAAGCCAUGGUCGCCACGCAUUUCCCCAGCAGCGUCUUCCUGGCAGCUCUCCCCAUCGCAAACGGCCUACCACUCACGAUCUGUCUGCUGGUGGGUAGAUCUGUGCUGAGCUCCAUGGACCAGGCGCCGCGCUCGGCGUUUCUUUCCAUCGUUGUGCUGCCUGAGGAGAGGACGGCGGUCAUGGGCGUGGUUAAUAUUGUGAGGACGUUGGCGCAGAGUGGGGGACCCUCGAUUACGGGCGUGCUGGCUGGACGUGAUCGGUUUUGGUUGGCGUUUUUGGUUGCGGGCGCGUUGAAGGUCGCGUAUGAUGUUAUGCUUUUGGCGUUCUUUGGGGGGAAUGUGCAUCCGCGUGCUGUGUGUAUGGGUGAGGAGUCAGAUAGUCGUGAUGAUCGGCCGAUAAGUACUAGGUCACAACUCAACGGCUCAUGGGAUACUCCCUCUCGAUUGAUCGAAACUAAAGUGCAGCAAAGUUUAGCAACAGCUUGUGAACAACAUCUAAGCUUAGUAGCAGGACCCUGCAUACCGGGGCAAAACACCCCUUUUACUCGAAGAUCUUGGACCAUGGCACCCGCGAUAAUGACUCAACGGCCGAAAAUCUUAUUCUUGGACGCAUACGACUCCUUUUCAAACAACAUCGUUGCUCUCGUUGAGCAAAAUGUCGAAGCAGAUGUCGUCAAAGUUUUCAUCGACGAACCCAGUCUGGUGUGUGGCCAACGCCCGACUUCACCCACCGAGCGCAGUACUCGAGAUACGAUAAGUUUCCGCGACUACUUGAAAGACUUUGACGCGGUUAUUGCGGGACCUGGGCCCGGUUGGGCGAAAUGCGACACAGAUGUUGGACUUAUGAAAGAGCUGUGGAAACUUCAAGAUGAGGAUAUGAUGCCUGUACUCGGAGUGUGUCUUGGCUUCCAGUCGUUGUGUCUUGCUUUCGGUGCAGAGAUUGAAAAGUUGGAGGAGCCAAAACACGGCAUCAUAACAGAUGUUCUACACAAUAGGCAAUCGAUAUUCAGGGACGUGGAGAAGUUGCUGGCGACACAAUAUCACUCCUUACAAGUCAUGCUCAACCAUCCGAUUCAGACGAAGCGAGCCGUGCGCUAUCCUGCGCAGCUCUGGGAGUCUACUGCAACAUGCCCGCAGCUGGAACCAUUGGCGUGGGAUUUUGACAGUGAACGCAAUGGCGCGGUGCUCAUGGGUGUAAAGCAUAUUCAGAAACCUUUCUGGGGUGUUCAAUUCCAUCCAGAGUCGAUCUGUACGAACAGUGAAGGGAGCCGUAUCAUCCGAAAUUGGUGGGAAGACGCUCAGUCGUGGAACCGAAAGCGCAUGUUCAGCCACGUUGCACAGAAGAGUUCUCUGUCACCUUUCCGAGCAGCACCUAUGACCUUUAGCGAUUUUCGGCGCGAAUUCAAAGGCUAUGGUGCAGAUAACCAAGCCACUUGUUCUCUCAAAGGGGUAGUUGGGAAGGCAAACUCUGGUAUCUCAGAGAGUGAAUAUCCAAGGCCAAAAGAACUGGCUGUGUUAGUCGCUCACGGCGAUGGAAUCUCGAUACCGGAUCUGUCGCCUGAAGCCGUUCACUGCAGCACUACAGGGAGUGGAAGACUGACAGUCGCGGAUGUUUGUGAGCUGCUGGAAAUCCAAAGGAGAGAAGCCAUAGUUUUGCAAUCCGGACUUCAGUCGAAUCUUGUUCCAAUGGCGGUUGGUACAGGUCGUUACAGUAUCAUUGGCCUUGUCAUUCCUGGAGAAACGCUCCGGUUACACUACUACACGCGUUCUCGGAUCAUGCAACUCAGGGAUGGCAGGGAUAGAGUGCACACGGAAUGGAAGGUAGCCGAUCCGUGGCCGUAUAUCAAGGAAGUCAUGGAGUAUCUCCGACCUGCGACACCGCCUCGAACUUCGACAUGGGCACCGUUUUGGGGAGGCCUGAUGGGCUAUGCAAGUUACGAAGCUGGUCUCCAAACGAUUGAUGUCCCUGCUGAUGGAGUCGCCGAACACCCCGAUAUCUGCUUUGCAUACAUCACCAGGAGUAUCGUUUUUGAUCAUCAGGUCAAGAAGGUCUAUGUACAGAGCAUUCGUGGCGCACAUGACAACCACUGGGUCGAGCAGACAGUACAGAGGAUUUACGAAGCUGCUGGGAGCAAGUCAGCAGAAACAACGCCGAGUGGGACGCCAGUGCCCAAGCCCGAUCCGUUUGAGAAGUUUGGCCCCAUGAACCAGUACAUUGAUUCGUGUGUACAAUCGUCUGCUAGCCGCGAGGAGUACUGCGAUAAAGUGCGUUCAUGCCAGGAUGCUAUAGCCGAUGGUCAAAGCUACGAACUUUGUCUCACAACACGCAAUGAGAUCCGUGCUAAAAAGCCAAAUUCGUGCAGGAUCUCACGAGCAGAAUGUAAUGAGCAUUCUUGGAAUCUCUACAAGCGUUUGACAGGUCAAAACCCUGCUCCAUUCAGCGCCUAUAUGAGGAUGCAUAACGUGCAUAUCCUCAGUUCGUCGCCAGAACGUUUCAUUAGCUGGGACAGGUCGCAGACUGCGCAGUGCCGACCUAUCAAAGGUACAGUGCAGAAGAAACUCGGUGUCACUGCGGAGGAUGCGCAUGCUAUUCUCUCUUCUUCAAAGGAGCGCGCAGAGAACCUUAUGAUUGUUGAUCUGACUAGACAUCAACUGCAUGGUGUAUACGGAUCCGCCAACGUUUGCGUGAGCCAGCUCAUGGAAAUGGAAGAAUACGAGACCGUCUGGCAACUCACUACAGUCGUCGAUGCAACCCCCAGUGGAGCCUCGAAGCCCAAAGCGCCCGGAGAAUGGGAGGAUCCAACAGACUACGUCUCCGCUUCCGGAGAACAGACAAUACCCUACCUGGGCUUCCAAGCAUUUGUCGAGAGUCUCCCACCGGGAAGUAUGACUGGCGCGCCGAAAAAGCGGUCCUGCGAGCUUCUGCAAAAUGAAGAAGCUGGGCAGCGACGUGGUAUAUACUCAGGUGUCUUGGGAUAUCUGGACGUCGGAGGUGGCGGUGAUUUUAGCGUCGUGAUUCGUACAGCCAUCAAGAUCGACUCCCCUGAUAACGACAAAGAGGAUGUGUGGAGGAUUGGCGCUGGAGGAGCUGUCACAAGCCAAAGCACGCCUGAUGGCGAAUACGAGGAGAUGCUGGUGAAAUUCCAGAGCACGGCAAGGGCUUUCAAACACCAGCCGCCACCGCCACCGCCAACAAAGAAGAAGAUCAAGAUCGAGUUGCUGAAUCCCAUUGAUCCCGAUGAGUUUGAGGAGCUGUUGUUACGGACGAGAGACGGGGGACAGCCGAGCCUCGAGGAUGCGCAGAUAAUCCAACGAUUGGCAAUGGCAACAGACGCGCCAGACCCGCGGACUUUCCAAACCUGGGAAGAUGCUUUCCAGUACCCAAUUCCUGUCGUUCGCAAGCUCGAACAGCAGCUCCGCACCAAUGCCGACGACAAUCGCGAGAAGCUGCGGUCGCUCGUGGGUGCCAGCUACCGCAGCCUUCUCGACACGGCCGAAACAAUCAUCGACAUGGAAGUCUGCAUGCAGCAGGUCGAGUCCAAGCUGGCAAGAGUAUUCUGGAAACGGCUGUUGAUAUGGGACACAGACGUGGAGCGAUAUACAUUCGCGUCUCAGCUUGCGAUUCUUAGGAACGCGCCGACGGUUAUGACAAGGUUGAUCAAGAGAGACGGGUCGUAUCUACUUGUUGCGAAGGUGCUUGUCGUGUCGCGACUCUUGCAUAAGGCGCUUAGUCAGUCGAAGGACAAGCCACCGAUUGUGGAGCAGUCGUGGGAAAGGCUACUUUCUGUGCGGAGAAAACUGCUGCGCAGGAUCGAUAAGCGACUUGCGAGCACGAGUGGUGAGACAGCGACCCUGGUGGAGAGCAUGUCUGCGUAUGCUCUCGUCACGAGCUCGACGCCCACCGAUGUGCUGCAACACUUUCACAAAGUGCGUAUGGAAAAGGUGACAAGUGCGUUGAAGCAAGGCGACGAUGAGCUUGCGAAACAUGGUGUUGGUGCGCUGCAGAUCUGUAUACAGACAUGUCUUGAUACGCAAACGAUAUUUCCCAGACGCUUAGCUGAGUCUUUGGUGAAGCUCAAGGCGCAUCCGUUGAUCCAAGACCCAGAUGUUCGCGGCCUUUACGAGCUAAACCUGGAAGUGCACGAUCGGUGGAUAGGCGACGAGGCGCGUAAUUACACGCCAUGGCCACGGCAUGACGAGUUGCAGCGAGCGGAUGCUGAGAGGAUACUGCACCGCUGGUCGAAGGACGCUAUAUCUGCUUUUCUACAGGAGAUCAAGACGUCACUCGAGGGAGAGGAUAGGUUGAAGGAAGUCGCCAGCUUGAGACAGGAGCUGAUCGAGACGUGGAUCCUGUCAGGCUCGCGCAUGGCGGGUGUGAAGUCGGCCAACGUACUUGAUGACCUGCGAGAUACGAUGAACGAAAAACUAGAAAGUAUUGUACGAUCGCGUACUCAGGGACUGCAGGAUGUAGUUUCGAGCUUGAAGAGUCAACUCGAUGUCGGCACCCCUUCCAGCGACAGCUCGUCACUCUCCUUGUGGAACACAACAGCUAAAAGCUCCGACCUCAGCAACGGCGCACAGGUUUUCAAGGCUACGAUACUCAACACACAUCAAGGGCGCGACCAGCCUGUGAUGAACGUUCUAUCUGCUUUUGACAAAUGGAUGGACUCUGUUCUUGAAGUCAAGGGCAUAGUCAAAGGCAUGAAGGAGGCGCGAUGGGACGACACCUUCGCCGACGACGUUGACGAUGCGUCGGAUGACGAGCUGGGCGAGUCAAAACAGACACUUCUCAGCGCCGAUGAUCCACGGUUGCUCGAAGAAGUUACACAAGAAGCGCUGAGCGAUGCACUGAACAGCCUAGGCCAGAGUUUCUCGCAAAUCGCAGAAACAUCUAUAAAGGUUGACGACAAGAGCUCCGUUGAGAAAGCAGCCUUCAUUCUACGCGUUGUGAGAGAAAUCGGCGAUCGGAUACCACGUCUACGACUCCAAGAUAAAUCCUCGCCGCUCGCGUCGCCUUUCACAAGCAAGGUCUUGCAGCCGCUGUAUACGACACUUGCUACAUACAUUGUCCCACCAACCGUAGCGUCGUACGAGAAAGCACUUCUCAACGCUACAAAAGCCAAACCUCAGAGCGUUAUCCUCUGGGAAGGCAAUCCACCGCUACCAAGCCAGCCUUCAGCCAGCGCAUUCAGAUUCCUGAGGGAGCUGAACAAGAGCAUGGCGCGUGUUGGGAGCGAUCUUUGGGCUCCUGGGUCUGCUUCGAUCCUGAAAAGUGUGCUAGCUCAAGAGACGAGGAAAGCACUGCAAGACCAUAUUCAAACGAUCAAGGUAUCCAACAAGAAGGUGGAGAAGGAAGAGAGCGAGGAACCCACAGACACGCCAGCCUCGCCUCAAAACGCUGCUGCGCCUGAGAAUGUAGAACACGCUGAUGGCAGCGUAAAGGAACGACAAGGCCAGCAGCUGAAGCAGCUACUCUUCGACGCAUUGUAUAUCCAACGCUUCACUGGCGAGAAGAAACAAAGUAUCGAUGAUCUUGUUGAGAAAAUCGAGCUAGAGGCACUUGAUGAGGCGGCAGUGAACAGGCUGAGGAAGAACGCUGCGGAUUACGCGAAGAAGACGUAUCUACUCUUUGCGCUGCUGGCCUAAAUACUUAUAUUCUCAAUGUAAUAAAACUUGGCGCUCACGACCUCACUCAAGUUGUGUGGAGGAAUAGAAUAUGUGAGACUGCCCCGUCAUUGACGUCAAUAGUUCACACUACGGUUGUGGCGUCUGCUCGCUUGCGGACGGUAUGCCGUAGACAUGCAGGAAUGGUGAUACAGUAGGUUCUGCCUCAUAACGAUGCCUGCCUUAUAACGAUACCUUAUGAUGUCAUGUAUCGUUAUACAGCAGAAAUACAGAC